UUGAUUUUAAGACCAGACGCAAAAGUUUUCCUGCUAUUCGAAUCUGGCUGUUGCAUAUACAAGACCGAGUAUGAGUGGCCGAAAAACAUAAUUCCGUCCAGCUUUGCAAUGAAGUUGCGGAAACACAUGCGUCAGAAACGAUUGGAGUCGGUGUCGCAGCUCGGUCUUGACCGUGUAAUCAACAUGCAGUUCGGUUCGAACACAUUCGCUGCGCACGUCAUCGUUGAGCUGUAUGAUCGAGGAAACAUCAUUCUAACUGACCAUGAGUACACAAUAUUGAACGUGCUGCGUCCACGAACGGACGCCGACAGUGACGUGAAGUUUAUUGUUCGCGAGACGUACCCAUUGCACCUCAUUCGGCAGGUGGAAGAACCGUCGCAAAACGAGGAGAUGAUUCGCCGCCUACUUGACGACGCAAAGCCAAACGACAACUUGCGGCGCGUGCUCAUUUCACAUGUUGUUUACGGGCCUGCGCUGCUCGAGCACUGUUUCAGGCAACUGGGCUUCUCGCUAAACUGGAGUGUCAAGAAGUAUAACGACGUAUUUCACGACAGCGGCAAGAUUUGCGUUGCUUUUCAGAACGCGCAGCAAAUCUUUCGACAGAUCCGCGAUAGUCCGUGCCGCGGUUACAUCGUAUACAGCGAAAAACAGACCGCGUCCAAAGAAACCGUGCAGGCAUACGAGGAGUAUCACCCGUACCUGUUCGAUCAGCAUAAAGAACUUGGCUGCGUGAGUACAUGGGACUCGUUCACUGCUGCCGUUGACGAGUUCUACUCCAAGCUCGAAACCCAGAAGUUGGACCUGAAAGCACUGCAACAGGAAAAGACGGUGCUGCAGAAGCUCGACAACAUUCGUAGCGAUCAUCACCGUCGGUUAGCGGAAUUGCAGCAGGCUCAGCAAAUGAGCACGCUGAAAGGAAGGAGCAUCCAAGAGAACUGCGAACAGAUUGACAGCGCCAUUUUGCUCAUGCGUACCGCUUUGGCGAACCAGCUGAGUUGGGAUGAGAUCCAGGAACAGGUAGAAGAAGCGGCUGAAAUGGGAGAUCCGCUGGCAAAGAAGAUCGUCCGCCUCAAUCUAAAGGAAAGCCGCUUCGUUAUGGCGCUCAAACCGAGUGGAUUUGAAAAUGAGGACGAAGAGACCUGUGAGCUUCUGCAGGUGGAGAUCGACGUUAACCUGAACGCCCAUCAGAACGCUUGCCAAUACUACCAGCAGAAGAAGUUUUCGGCACUGAAAGAGUCGAAGACGAUAGAGGCUAGCAAGAGGGCGCUGAAGUGCGCCGAAGUAAAGACCAAGCACGCGCUAAAGGAUGUUGCCGUCAAGACCAACAUCCUGAAGGCUCGGCGGACGAUGUGGUUUGAGAAGUUCCUGUGGUUCCUGUCGUCUGACUCGUAUCUGGUGAUCGGCGGUCGUGAUGCCCAGCAGAACGAGAUCAUCGUCAAGCGCUACUUAAGGGAAGGCGAUGUGUAUGUCCACGCUGACAUCCGAGGCGCGACUAGCGUCAUCGUCAAGAACCACGUCGCCGCGUCGAAGCCGAUCCCGCCAAAAACGCUCAAUGAAGCCGGCACGAUGGCCGUCUGUUUUUCGGCCGCCUGGGAUGCCAAGGUACUGACCAGUGCCUGGUGGGUGCACAGCAGCCAGGUGUCUAAAUCGGCUCCCGCCGGCGAAUACUUGACGACCGGCAGCUUUAUGAUCCGAGGACGAAAGAACUAUCUUACCCCGUCUCAGCUAUGGCUUGGUUUUGGUAUUCUGUUCCGACUUGACGAAGAGUCGACGAUGCGGCAUAUGGAGAAACUGAAGGAAAGCAGUGAAGUAGUAAGCGAAGACACUGCUUCGGUGGAAAACGUAGAAAAAUUGCCGAACGAAGCAAGUGAUACGAUCGAUGAAGCGGACGAAGUUUCAGUUGAUCCGGCGAUCAUCGAGUUUUCGGACGUGUGCGGUUCUUUGAACUAUUUAUCUAUGAACCCUACGCCAUUUAUUGUUGGCCAGAGCGUCAAGCUUCCUCCACAAGAAAGGAUAUCUAAAGCCGAUGCUGGUAGAAAGUUGCCUGACGGCUCUAAAGCCGACGAGACGGAUGCGAAGAACGGCAAGAAAAAGGCGCAGAAAGCGAAGCAAAAGAAGCGUCGUAUGAAAUAUAAAAAUCAGGACGAGGACGAACGAGCGUUACGUAUGAGUAUUUUAAAAUCAGCUGGCUGCGGUGACGCAACGAAGGUGAAUGCAAAGUCGUCUACGCUGUCAAAUACUACCGAGAAAGAAGAAACACCGUCGAUCUUGGUAAAUGAUGAGUCCUUGUCGCCCGUUACUGAAAAAGACUGGAGCGAACCAACUUCUGACUCGGUUGUGACAGAAGUACAAGAGACGUCGACACUUUCAACCGAAGUGUUAGAAGCUGAAGCGGAGCCGGAAGAAAACUUGUUAUCCUCAGCCGAAGUUGUGAACGACAUUUCUGCUCUUACCGGAGAUCCUGCCGACGACGACGCGAUUCUAUUUGCGGUACCGGUUUGUGGCCCGUACUCGGCCAUGUCCUCGUACAUGUUUAAAGUUAAAUUGGCACCCGGCAGCAACAAGAAAGGCAAGGCAACGAAAACCGCUCUGGGCUUAUUUCUUCAGGACCGUAGCUGUUCUCAGCGAUUGAAAGAUUUGCUGAAGGCAAUCCACGUUGAAGAUUUGUCGAGAAAUAUUCCUGGAAAGGUUAAACUAUACGCGCCUCAACUCACUCAUUUCAAAGGUAAAGAUCAGAGGCCGAAUUCAAAGGUUUAGUU